UAAUUACUUUACAGAGUAAAGCGGUACAGGCGGGAUGUGGAGAACAGAGCUCAGAGAGGAGGAAUAAGAGCUUAUAACGCUCCUAAACCUGAGAGAAACAGAUGGUUUUUGAGGGGAGGGAGCGCUGAGGACCUGUGUUCGGUGUUUGGAAGAGCCGGAGAGCCGCUGCUGUCUCUGAAGCUUGAGUGACAUGCCAGAGGAGUCCUGCCACAGGUGUCAUCAUCAGGACUCGAUGGGUGAAGAAUCUUCUCGCUUGUCCACGGACUCCUCUUUAAGCAGUCAUGACCCCGCGCUGGCUGAUUACUGCUCACUGCUGGGAGUGGAACACUCUGAGGACGAGCGGCCGGUGAGCACCGUGUCUACGCUCUCGUCCAGCUCGUCCGGAGAAGGCCACAGCAGCCCCUUCGGCGGCCCCUUCGUCCCCCCGUCCCGGCCUUCUCCUCCAGCGGGGCCUGAUAUUGACCUGGAGCUCAGCCCUCCGGAGGAACCUGCAGCUCUGCUGAAGCCUGAAAGCAGGAGGCCGAGGCCGGAACUCUGUGAGGAGCAGAGCAACAACAACAACACAGCAGCCGGUGCUGCAGCAAGAACACCCUCACAGAUCUCAGACCUGCCCUCACCUGUCGCCGCUGAAGCCAUGGCACCCAAUCCUCAGCUCACCUACGUGGACCGCGUUGUGAUGGAGAUUAUCGAGACUGAAAGGAUGUACGUCAGGGAUUUGUGCAGCAUUGUGGAGGACUACUUGGCUUAUAUCAUAGAUGCGAGAGACUUGCCCAUUAAACCCGAGCAGGUUUGCUCCUUGUUUGGCAACAUUGAAGUCAUCUAUGAAUUUAACAGUGAGCUUUUGCAGUCUUUGGAACUGUGUGACAGUGAUCCCGUGGCCAUCGCCUGUUGCUUUGUAGAUAAGAGCGAGUACUUCAACAUCUACACCCAGUACUGCACAAACUACCCUAACUCAGUGGCGACUCUCACAGAGUGCAUGAGGAACAAAACGCUGGCUAAGUUCUUCCGGGAUCGGCAGGCGUCUCUGGAGCGCUCUCUUCCUCUCGGUGCUUACCUGCUGAAACCUGUGCAGAGGAUCCUGAAGUACCACCUCCUGUUACAGGAGAUUGCCAAACAUUUUGACCCUGAGGAGGACGGUUACGAUGUGGUGGAGGAGGCUAUUGACACCAUGACAGGCGUGGCCUGGUACAUCAACGACAUGAAGAGGAAGCAUGAGCAUGCAGUGAGGCAGCAGGAGAUCCAGUCUCUCCUUAUCAACUGGAAAGGUCCUGAUCUUACCACAUACGGUGAGCUGGUCCUGGAGGGAACCUUCCAUGUUCAGCGGGCAAAGAACGAGAGAACACUCUUCCUCUUCGACAAGAUGCUCCUCAUCACCAAGAAGAGAGGAGAGCAUUAUGUGUACAAGACCCAUAUUACGUGCUCCACUUUAAUGCUGAUAGAAAGUGCCAAGGACCUGCUUCGCUUCAGUGUUACUCACUACAAGCAUCCCAAACAACCUCACACAGUGCAGGCCAAAACAGUGGAGGAGAAGAAGCUGUGGGCUCAUCAUAUAAAGCGACUGAUUCUGGAGAACCAUCAUGCCGUCAUACCGCAAACAGCCAAAAAUGCCAUUUUGGAUAUGAACUCUCCUGGUCCAGCGAAAUACCGCUACAGUCCAGAGAGACUGAAGAAGCCCAUGUCUGCUUACAAAGAGGACUUUCCUGCUGGAGGACGAAAGGGACGAAGGAGAUCAGAGCCGAUGAAGCAGACUGUGAGAACUACAAGAGGAAGUCUCAAGCAUGCAGAAAGCGAAGGAACUUUACUGGGAGACAGCAGUCGGCACCUCCUGCAGCCUGCAUCAAGCGUCUCCACCCUAAACUCCACCACGGACGAGCCGGAGACUGAGGGACCGGCUCUAGAGGACAGAAGAUCCGAGUGGCUUCAGCUUCGCACCAACUCUCUGGAUCGCCUGAGUACUCCGACUCUACAAUCCUGCCGACUAGAGAUGCCUUUCGAGAGAGAGAAGGAGGUGGAGGUGGAGGAAGAGCAGGGUGGGAGUGGCGAGGAGGAGGAAGAGGAGGAGGAGGAAGUUCUGGUGAAGGACGAGCAGGUAGCUGACUUUGCCAGCUCAGUGCUGGCCGCCAUCUCCUGCUGGCACUAUAGAGCCAAGGCUUUGCUUUUCACUCGGGUCCCAACGGAUGUAGAAGAGGCUAGUCAGGAUAAUGGAGAAGAGACUGAGAGAAGCCAAACUCCUUCUGAAGACCAAGCCGAGGCAUCAGCACUGUAUGAAAAGGACCCUUGUGGGGAUCAGGGCACACUGAGCAGCUCUCCGUCUAGUGGAGGCCAGGAGGAGUCAAGAGGACGACAACCUCCGAGUCACCCUGAGACGAUGUCUCAGCAUGGAGACGGAGAGCGGGAAGAGACGAAUGCGGAGAGCAGUGUGGACUCGGUGUCUCCCAUACGGAAUGAGAGCCAGCUAGACCUUACUGAGGAAGACGUGGAAGACCCUGAGGUUGUUGAAGACGACGAUGAGGAGGAGGAGGAAGAAGAAGAAGAAGAAGAGGAUGAAGAAAAUACAUCACAAAAUGAACCUGCAAGUCUCCUGCCCACAUCCGUGCUGAACAAGGCCAGUGAUAUAGCUGAGCGCUUUAUCAGCAGCCUGUCUCGUAGAGGUAGUCUGGUAGUGGACGACUUUUACUCUCAAGGCUGCGACUCUGAAUCUAAAACAGGAAGUAGAAGGAGCAGUCUGCUCAGCUUGAAUGCUGACAUGUUGGAAAAAGAGAUCAUCACACAAGAAUUGAGCGAGAAAUGCUUAUCUGAACCUUUAACUAUCAAUUCAAUCGCAGAUACCGAUGGACACCCUGUCCAAAUACCAGACCAAAGACCACCACAGAAGCAGGACACUCUUUCCAAAAAGGACAGGAUGCUGAUCCACAAGAUCAAGCAGUACUAUGAGCAUGCUGAGCACCAGGACGCCAGCUUCAGCAUCAGGCGCAGAGAGAGCCUGUCCUACAUCCCCGCAGGGCUAGUGCGCAAUUUGAGUCGACAGCUUAAUUGCCUCCCGGACGAUAAAUCUCUACUUCCUGCGGACGUUCAGAGGAAGGCUUCCUCGGCUUCCUCGAGGCCAGCUUCCUGGGAAGUUUUUGAUCUUCCUGGUGUAUCCAGGAAAGAAGAAAAAGAAACCGACAUAAACACUGUAAACACUGUAAGGAGCAAAGAUGAAGAAGUAAGAUCUUCAAUAGAGAGUAAAGACGAGUGCUUUAGACCCUCAGCUGAGAUGAUCAGCGUUUGGAACGACAUGGAACUAGACGUUUUUGAAAAUGCUGUUUCUAAAACAAAUCAGGAUGGUCAUUGUGAAUUGGCCAGUCCAAACCAGAAAAAGCUAAAAAAAAGUGGCGAAUGUACUGAAGCCCUGCUUAUACUCGAGGAUUCAGAUAACAGCAUGGCUGAACAAGAACAAGUGCCUUCCACUCUUUCUUUAGAUGGCAACUAUUCAGACUCUAAAGACCAUGAGCUGAAGAUGAGACCAAACAGUCCUCACAAGCUCCAGGAGCGACGCAGGGUCAUACACGCUCCUCUACCCAAGAUCAUCUCCCUGAGGUCGGGCUCAGACGAAGACCUGAUCCUGCAGGAUAUGGAGAAGAUGAAGAACAAGGUCUUCCAGCUGGCUCGGCAGUACAGCCAGCGUAUAAAGAACAGUAGACCCGUAGUGAGGCCGAGAGCCAGGGUGCAGGAUUACCAGUUCACCCGCAAGAACCUGCCCUCUGUUAUAGAAGACAAAUCUCCAGAGCCUGAGAGGGGUGGUGCGCACAACUUCAUACUGUCACAUGCAUCAUGUGAGCCUAUCGACCUGAGAGCCUCCAGUCCGUCUUCCAGCUCCUCCUCCGUGGGCAGUCCUCGAGUGCAGUCCCCCAGCAGAGGACCGGCUCUGGGUCCACAGAGUCCGGUCUACACGGAGAGCUUCCAUUGGCCGGAUGUACGAGAACUGCGCUCCAAGUAUUCCCGCCACGGCGGCCAGCCUCUCCCGAUCAGCCGGAGCUGCUCUGUUCCAGAACGGAUGCUCGAGGCGGCACAUGGUCAUUCCCAAUCCCAAUCCCAUUCCCAAUCCCAGCGUAGCUGCUCCUGUUCCACCCCGGUUUAUGAAAGCGUAGUGGAGAACACAACACAAACUAAAGCCACAAGCAGUUCCUGCUGCCGGGAGUGCCAGGAACCUGCAGAACCUGCAGAACCAAAAAGUGCGGCUAAAUUGUGUAAAGCGACUUCUCUGGACCACAUGCUGGGAUCACUUCAUUUAAAACAACACCAGAACCUCUCAGAACCGCAGAGAGACUUUUACAUCUCCGGUGAGGCAACGAUGCCUGAUGACAAUAAGAUUAUAGUAGUAGAAAGGAUUAUUCCAGAAGAGAGGUGCACAGAGGGGAACAGCCUCACAGGAGAAGAGAAUAAAGAGGAGAUGGAUGAAAACCAACUAAAGUGGGAUGCAGACUUUGAUCUUCCAGCUGGAAUGGGAAUAGAAAUGGGAGGAAUAACGUGCGACUCGAGAAGGCUGCAGGCUUGGAUGGACAGUAGCAGGACUUAUCCGGUGAGAUCGCACAGAAAAUCGGAGAACAGACGGCACAGUUUGGUCAGAAACCUGCGGGAGAAGUUCCAGAACCUCAGCUCAUACACAUAGACUUUGGGAACUUCAGGAACUUCUGCUUUAAAGGAGAACUUGGUGUAAAAUUGAUUUUUGGUUUAGUAAAACAUGAUAAAAAGAACUAACCUUUGCUGUAUCGCCCACCUCUGCUCUCCUGCAGCUUUCUGAGAUCCAGUAAUUUUGUGGUGAUUCUCCAAACAUGCUUUAGAAGAAUGGAUGAUAUUUUACACCGUUAUUCAGGCUAAAACUAGCUCCACACCUUUUUGGAAGAAUACGGAGAGCCCUGACAUUUAAAACGAGGCAUUAUAAACUUUAAAAGUGCCCAAAAGAAGCUUAUUAAAAAGAAACACUCAAUGUUUACAACAUGUAGCGUUAGCUACUUCUCCGGGCGUGAAGAUUUACCUACGCUAUGAGAUGUAAAAAGUGUUUUUUUUAAUAACUUAUUGUGCACUUUUAAAGUUAUUAAUGCCUCGUUUUAAAUGUCAGAGCUCUCCUAAAUCUACCAAUGAAGUGUGGAGCUACUUUGAGCCUGGAUAACAGUGUAAAAAGCGAUUUAUCUGCAGUGAAAGAGAAACUGCACAGACUUGCUGGAUCUCAGAAAGCUGCGGAGAGCUAUUCACCAUAGGUUAGUACUCUUUAUCAUAUUUUACUCCACUAAAAUCACUAAAAUUUUACACCAGAGUUCUCCUUUAAAGUGGUUUAUCAUGGUAAUUGAGUGUUUGGGAGUGAAGGCAUAGAGAUAAACAGGCAUAUAUAUGUGUGUGUGUGUGUGUGUGUGUGUGUGUGUGUGUGUACUCUUGCAUUAUGCAUUAUGAUGUGUGUCUGUGUAUGUGUGUGGUUUUUAAGCAGCAUGCGUGUUUUUAUGAAUGGAGGUGCUCAAGUCUUAAACCGUUCCAGUUGUAUAGUCGCGCUGUAUUUGCUGAACUAACUGCAAAAGGGAAAGUUUAGGAAGUUUAAGAACUUAAUAUUUAUAAAAUUAACCUUUUGUGCAAAUGCCUUUUUGUUUUCUUACAUUUUGACACUUUUUUAAUGUACAUGAUCUUUUGAUAACUGUCUGUAUAAUCUCACACUGGUAAGUGUACUCAGGAGAAAUUUACCUCUGAUAUGCUAUAAUGGGAUAUAUAUAUUUUGUUUUUUGUUUUUUUUGUAUCGUGACUGUUGCUUAUAAUUGUACUGUAUGUACUGUGUAUGUACUGUGUGAUUUGUUUGAAAUGGCCAGUAGUAAAAUAUAUAAGUCUAUAAGUCUAUAUCAGCAGUUUGUUACAGAGCAAUCAAACACAUAAUUGAGACGACGGCCAUAUUGGUGGUUUUAUACCUAUAUCUUUUUUUUUUUUUUUUUUUUUUUUUUACUGUAAUUUUUGUAAUUUGCUUUUUGUAUAUUAUUACAGUGUACUGUACUAUAUAUAUGUGUGUGCUUGUUCUUACUUUACAUGUCCUGUUGUCUCUAAACCAGGGCUUUUCUUGUAUAUCCCAGGAUUGUUGGCUCACAUUCAGAUAUAUUACUGUAAAUACAAUACCGAGGGUCUUACAGAAGCUUCUUAAGUAACCAGUAAGUGCAAUCUUUUGUCAGAAACACAUGAAUUCGUAACUUUACAUAAAGACGAGAGCACUGCAGUGUGACGAGGUGUUCUCAUAUUUAUCAGAUACUGUUUAAUAGUGUGUAAAUAUUGUGAAUAUAGUGUGAAAGUGGAGACACUGCCUGGUGUGUCUGGUGUGUAAAUAUAAACACUGCAGGGGUUUAUAGGGAAUUCUUAUAAAGAUGUCACUCCACAAAAAUGAUGAGAAAACUAAAGGGUUGUUCCUAUUAAACACAAUCAGUGGAGAACAACGGAGGUGGAAUCAUUUCCAUGGUCUGAGACUUUUUUUUAUUAUUAUUAUUUUAAAAAAUAAAGAAAUGUCUACACUUCU